GGCCAAUGGCAUGGUCGAGCGCCUCCAUCGCACCCUGAAGGCGGCGCUGAUGUGUCAAGAUGCUGACUGGAUGACCGCCCUGCCACUGGUCCUGCUUGGCCUCAGGUCGGUCUUCAAGGAGGACCUCAACACAACUCCGUCCCUCCUGGUCUACGGGGAAGAACUCCGGCUGCCCGGCACCUUCUUCGUACGGCCCACUCCUCAGCAAGCUGCUGACCUAGCUGCUCAACUGCGACACCACUUUGCCACACUUCUGCCAAUUCCUGCAGCUCACCACGGAGGAAAAUCCUUCUUUGUCCACCCUGACUUGGCCACUGCCACUCACGUGUUCCUGCGCACCGAUGCUGUCCGAGGAGCUCUCGAGAAGCCCUACACUGGCCCAUAUCCGGUCGUCAUGCGACACGCCAAGUCUUUCGUCAUCGAGGUGAAAGGUAAACCUAAAGUUGUUACCAUCGACCGACUCAAACCCUGCUAUCAGCUCUCUGAGAAGGAGCCAGUUCCGAAGCCAGCAGAACCUCCGAGAAGAGUUCGUUUCAAUUUGCCAGCAGCUCAACCAGCAACUCCUCCAGCAACUCCCUCGGCAACACCUUCGGCCCCAGACGCACCAGAAGCACCUCCAGACAUACCAGAAGCACCCCCAGACACUCCUCCAGCAGCACCACCUGCGUGGCCAGCUCUGGAACCACCUCCCACCCCUCCUGACCACCCUCGCAGACCAAGGAGCCCAGACCUUGACAGCUCCAGUGACCUCGAACUCAAUCACUUCUUCGAGCAACCCGAGACACCACCUGCGCCUCCAGCCCCAACUCCAGCAGCCACAGACGGAGUACGACACACUCGUGCUGGCCGGCAGCCCAAACCACCUGCCUGGACGAAGGACUUUCAUAUGUCCUGAGCACCUCCGGUGUCUUAGGGGGGGCCCCUGUAGCGCCGCCACCGAGGGCGCGCGCCACCCAAAUCAAGUUCCCUCCAAACGCUCCCUCGAGCCACUCCUCCUUCUUUCAUGCCGGACGAGCAAGAACGAUACGCAAAUUUCUUGUCCGUCGCAUAUCGACCAGCAUCCGAGCCCCGAUCAUGGGUUCGGAUUAAACCACAAAAAAAAACACCUGACUUGUUUUUCUCCACUUGAACAAACCCUUUUCUGUGGCCUGGAAGCCACA